AUGAACCAGACAGAAAUUAGAGAAUUUCUGCUCCUGGGAUUUCAGAAUAUCCAGAUUUUUAACCGUGUGCUAUUUGUUCUUUUCCUAUUAAUAUACAUAUUAACACUGAUCAGUAACCUGCUAAUUAUUAUAUUAGUGGCGAAGGUCUCAAACCUGAAAUCCCCCAUGUAUUUCUUCCUCAGUCAGUUAUCCUUGUCUGAUAUAUUGCUCACCACAAAUAUAACUCCCAACAUGCUGCAAUGUCUCAUUACUGGUGGACACCACAUAUCCAUUAAUGGCUGCCUCACUCAGCUUGGUUUCCACUGUAUAUCAUCAGGAGCAGAAUGUCUUCUUCUCACAGCGAUGUCCUAUGACCGGUAUUUGGCCAUCUGUGACCCAUUACAUUACAUUUCUAUCAUGGAUCAUAGAUGUUGCCUCUUGAUGGCUCUUUGCUCCUGGCUGUUAGCAUUUCUACCAUUGACUGUUAUUAUUUUAUUAGUUUCUAACUUACAUUUCUGUGGACCCAAUGUAUUUGACCAUUAUUUCUGUGACUUUGGACCUCUUCUUGAGAUGUCUUGCUCAGAAUACACUGUAAUUUUAUUUGUAGAUUUUGCCUUAGCCACACCUUAUGUUUUAUUCCCCUUUCUGUUCAUAAUUUUCACAUAUAUCUCAAUUUGUAUCACCAUCUUGUCAAUCUCUUCCACCACUGGAAGACAGAAAGCCUUUUCUACCUGCAGCUCUCACUUGGCUGUAGUGAGUAUGUAUUAUGGGACAAUAAUAGCUGUAUAUAUGGCUCCCUCAAAAGGCCAGUCUAUCAAUGUCAAUAAGAUUAUGUCUCUUCUGUACACAAUGGGAACCCCCUUUUUAAACCCAAUCAUAUAUAGUCUUAGGAAUGAGGAGAUUAAGAAAGCUUUCGUGAAAUGGACAUCAAUCCACUCAAAAAGACAUUAG